AUGGCGACGACUCCUGCUGCCGCCAAGGAUCGUAACGUUCUCUCACCAGGCUCUGUAAAGACCGUCACGAUGGUGAACCCUUAUAUUUUUCUCCCAUUAUAUCUAUAUCCCAUAAAUUCAUCUUGGGAGGGCGUCAUACAAUCCGCUGUGCAAUACCCCGAUGUUAAUUUUCAGAUUGUCGUCGCGCCAAACUUGGUGAAUGUCAUUCCCGAUCAAAACUAUAUCGAAAAUCUCCAGGCGCUCAACAACCUCACAAAUGUGCGGACUUUGGGUUAUGUUCCCACCAAUUGGGCCACGCGAGACAUGGCGACCGUCGAGCAAGAGAUCGAUUGCUAUGCAGCCUGGGCCAACUAUACCGAAGCAAAUAUCCGUGUGUCUGGUAUCUUCUUCGAUGAAGCUCCAUCAGCGGCGAACAGCGACAACCUGAGUUACAUGGGAAAUGUAACUUCAUACGCAAGAACAGCACUGGGUCCUGGGACGGACCACAUGACGUUUAACCCAGGCGUGUUUGUUGAUCCUGCCUGGUACAAGAUUGCGGAUGAAAUUAUAAUAUUCGAAAAUACCUGGGCCGCCUUCAACUGGUCGAAGCUGAACGAGCUUUCUUGGGAUCUGAUGAACCAAUCCGUCUUUCUGGUAUAUAAUUUUACGGGCAGUACCAAGGACCAAAAAGACCUCGUUCGCAACCUUACGGACUCGAAUGUCGGAGGGUCAUUUAUUACGACACAAGACGGAUACACAUCGUUGUCGACUUUGUGGCCACAAUUUGUCGAAUCAAUGAAUGACGUGACAAGUAGCGAUUUCACAGGCAGGGACGACGAUGGUGAUGACUGCGACGAUGACGACGACGACGACGAUGAGGAUGAUGAUGGGGACGACGACGACGACAAUGGGGACGACGGCGACGACGACGAUGGAGACGACGAUGAAGACCAAGAAGACUAA